AUGGCACCUCGUCGCAAUAACCGCCAGCCAUCCAUCGAACCUCUCAGUGCUGUGUUCGCUCGCCACGACGGCUCCUGGCUUCAUGGACAGGUGGUCCGCAACCGUGGCCGAGACGUGGUCCUCCAGACUAAGGUGGGGGAGCAGGUGACCUGCCGACCCACCGCGGUGUACCCGACCGACCCAGUGCUUGCUCUAUUGCUGGGUCCGGACGUGCUCGACUCGUCGUUAGAUAUUGAGGGUGUCAGGACGGCGCACGCAACUAUCCUAUCACGUCUCCUCGGAGACCCUGCCAACCCGCGGUUGCGACCGUCGCGUGACAUUGUGCAUUUGCUACGGGGCAUC